CACACACACACACACAGAGGCGAGUCUCUUUCUGCAGCGGCCAUGACUGUUUUGUUUUUGUUGUGACCUCCUUUAAAGCUCAUAUUCCUUUCCUCCGUUUUUAUGCAGGUAGAUUAUAUUUAUUGGGUCACUGCAAUUUACAAUGCGGUAUUUUAAUAACAGACAGAUAAAAUCCGUUUUAAACUAAGGUAUUCUGUGCCAAGUCUGGUCCGUAUGGUUGAAUGACAGGUGGGACUCUAAUAAAGACAACAUGAACGACAGCGUUCAUAUUAGUUUAGCAAACACGGGUAAAGACAGCCAAACCCCCGCACCCGCGGAGAGCAGCGCCACCACCCCGUCAGACCAGGAGAACUUCCCGUACGACGCGGAAGACCCGGGCGACGAGAGCGACGUGCCGGAGGCGAGAGACGACGAGCUCAACGACGACGAGACGUCCGGAGAGAGCGAGAACGUGUCCAAGACCUGCAUCUAUGACGGCUGCACGGAGACCACGACUCAGGUGGCCAAAGCCAGGAAACCCUGGAUGUGCAAAAAACACCGGAAUAAAAUGUACAAGGACAAGUAUAAGAAGAAGAAAAGCGACCAGGCCAUGUCAACUGGAAAACUAGACGAGGGUACGGAGGAGAGGCCUGUGUCCGUUACUAAGCAACGGCUGGGUACCAUAGGAGACAGGCCAGCCAGACCCUCCCUCAUUGAGCAGGUGCUGAACCAGAAGAGACUGUCUCUUCUGAGGAGUCCAGAAGUCAUCAGCUUCCUUCAGCAACAGCAGCGUUUACUGACCACACAGAAUCGGGCUCAAACACAGCACAACUUCUGAAGUCUGAAGAUGCUUUACUCAUCCUGUUGAGGAUUUAAUGCGGUCACAAUGUCACCGAAAUUUUCAAUGGGGAAUAUUCUAUGUGUGGGACCUGC